AUGGCCCGUCCUGGAACCAUUGACUACAGCAAGUGGGAGAAAUUAGCAGCUGAGCUUUCGGGCGAGGACGAGCCCACCCCUUUGCCAGGCCAUGUGCCUCCACCAUUUCACGGCAAGCUGAGAGAUGAGGACGCCGAGUCAGACUCAGAGGUGGCGCACCUUGAGAAGAAGAUGCGCUUGCAGACAGGGAUCUGUGAAAGGUGUGGAAAUGAAUCAACCAAGCGUUGCUCUCGAUGUCAAAAGGCCUGGUUCUGCGACGAGGAUUGCCAAGCAGCGGCCUGGCGGCAGCAUGCAAUCACUUGCUUUGCACACAGCGAGACUCAAACAUGGUGGGGCAAGCUCACCUCAGGCAAUGCAAGCAACGUGGCUGCCAGAGGCUUGGAAGCAAUCCACCAAGAGCGAUUGGCCUUCCGGCGCGCAGUGGCCGCCACUUUUCAACGCAAGAAAGCGGCCGCAGCAGCUGCUGCUGCUGCGGCCAGUACACGAGUAAGACAAGGGCAAGAAAAGGGGGUCAAUGAAAAGGGCGGAAAGGGCGAAGAGAAGGAGGAGACGUGUGCAGUGUGCCAGUGUGAAUUUACAGUGAGCGGUGAUUCUGGGGAAGGUAUUUGCUGUCCUUCUUCGCAUUUCCUUUGCAGCGAGUGCACUGGAGUCUUUAUUCAGUCGAUCCUGAACGAUUUGGAGGCAUCCUAUCCACCAAAGUGCUCAAUGUGUCGUGCAGAGAUCCCCAUCCCCUCCUUUGAGCGGCAACUCAAUCCGCAGCAGCAAAAACUGUUGGCCGAGUUCGUGGCACAGCGAGCAUUGGCUUCAGAUGAAGCCAUCAUGAGAUGCCCGUGCGGAUACAUGGAGGUAAGGGCUGACAAUCCUGUGCUGUGGUGGUGCCAGCUGUGCAAGUGUGGUGAGUGUCAGGUGUGCAAUCAGCCUUUGCCCUCCUCAUGCAGCGUGGCAUCGGAGGAAGAGCUGAAGGACUUGGACAUUUUGUUGAGACCUCAUGUGAUCGGCUGCUGUGCUCUCAGGGAGGCCAAGCAAAAAGUUGACCUGGCGUUUGAUCAAGGGCAGAAGAUGCCUUGUCCAGUUUGCGGCCUAGCAGGGCGCAAGGAUGAAGCCUGCACGCACAUGUCUUGCCCGCGCUGUCAGACCUCUUGGUGUUAUUUAUGCGGCCUUUCAGUGGAGAUGUGCGACAAGAAGCCACCACUUCCAGGACGUCCUGCAAAAGACAUUUUCCUACACAAUGCAGAUUGGGAGGUGAAUCCAGCCCGAUGCCCUAUGUACCUCACUCAGAUCUUGGAAGUGGACCCAUCAUGGCUGGGUGACUGGACAGAAGGUGAUGAAGUGGACGAUGAACAAUGCCUGGCAUAUUUUCAUCGCUGGAGAACCAUCAAACUCCUACAGGAAGUACAGGAAGAAGUCGGACUCUCCAUAUUUCAGCAGGUUUGGCUGCAUUUUGCGAGCAUUCGAAGCGCAGGAUACAGUCUCGAGGAGAUCAUGGGAACGGAUACGAGCAUUUUAAUCGAUCGUGAGGGCUUUGCAGAAAGUUACGAUUCCUUGCCAGACGGCACAGAGUCAGACGACGUGCCGCAAGACCCAGAUUAUGAUGACUCAUGGCCAAAUGACCUGGAGCCCAAUAGUUCAGGGUCAAACAACCUUUAA